AUGGUUCUUGAUCUUUCAAACCUUUCCACGAACAUAAUUUCAGAUCUACGCCCCCUGCUCGCCCUUUUUGGGGAACAAGUGGCCAAACAAUUCAUGUCUGAGUCCACAGGGUUUUCCGACAACAUCUUAUUUGCCAUGGCUCCUCUCGGAAUUAUAACGGCGUCUGUCGGCGCAAUUCGGAUUGGAGGACCGAACUGGAUGAAGGCAGUCAUUGGCCGCGCAAGAGAGAAUAGAGCGAUUGCUGAGAUCGAGUUGAUGAGUAGCACGAGUCAUGAAGUAUAUGAGUUGUGGAACGGCCAGCAAAUUGUCAGGAUUAUGGGGGCGCCGCCGAUACGAGAACUCGUGUGUAUUACACGUGAUGGAACAGAGAAGUUAUAUACCCUUAAAGAAGCGAGGACUGAGGGGGGCGGUGAUAUUUUGAGGAAAAAAGCUGGCGAUAAAUUUCAGCGUUUCAAUGGAAGGAUUGGUCGUUCCAUAUCCUCAUUUCUGUUACUUCUGGUUGGGCACCGCGAGAAGGCCGCCAUUGCUAGCCCCGAAGACGGACAGAAACCCAUAUCCCCACUGAACUCUCGUAAUAAACGAUUUGACGAAGCCCCAAAUAUAUCACUGAAUGUUAAUACCCAUGUCUCCCGCUGGGAGCUACGAUUUUUUGCUCUCGUAGCAACGGUAUUUCAGGCAUCAGUUUUAAUUUACGCCCAUUUCGCUGCCAAUAAUCAAUCAUUACGACUGGUAUUUGGAAGACUCGGAGAAUAUGAUGAGAGUUCAUGGGCUGUACAUCUUAUAAUGAUCGGUACCGUUGGGGUAGUGAUGGGUAUGCUCAUCUGUACAUUCAUCAUUGAGCAUUCCACCCAGGAGGAGCAAUAUCAUGCUUGUAAACCCAAUGAUCGUGUUCAUGUUAUGUGGCUACAAAAAUCAGCUGCCGUCUCCGAUCAGGCCUUUGACUCUUAUGCGAUUUUCGGCGAAGAAUCACGGCAAGUGGUUACAACCAACCAAGUUAAUCAUCCAAACGAACAGUCUCAACCUAGCACGGACAAAACAGUCUCUCAAAUAAAUGAGAACAACCGUGCUCAGAUGGUGAUAAAUAGACGCAAGGAUUUGGGAAGACUGACAAGGUGGUCUGGACCAGCGGCCGACAAAGCGACCUCUGUUGCAAAGGCCAUAGAAAUCGUUCUGAAAAACACUAUCAGACAUGAUGGCAAGCAGUGGAAGGUCGACGUUGCAGACAUCGAAGCUGUUUUAUCACUCUGGUUAUUUGCCGCGGCCGAGAAAGAAAGAGCCGGAACAGUGGCUAUGGAUAAUGAGAGGGACGAUGCGUGGCUGCGGAGCGGGGAAGCCUCACGAGGGGAUAGCAUACGACUGUUGGGCGAGAGCAACGCCGUUAGUCGAAGAGAUAUGGGAUGGUGGGCCGGAAGUGGAAAUAACAGGAUCAUUGAAGUAUCUUCCACUUCUGACGAGAAAGAAACAAUUGAAUUCAGCUCCCAUCGUGUUGUGGGAUAUAGUGGCUACGAGCUGGUGGGAGAUGAGAAAGAUGAGAAAGAUGAGAAAGAUAACGCCGCCUUGGAUGUGAGACAAGAGAAGUCCUGUAAACGCAAAUAUCAAAUCCAUGUGGUCUCAGAUGAUAACAAUAAUAUGCCCGAAAAUGAGUUAUUUACCAGGCGCAAGAUUUCAAUUAAUUCUAUGAACGAAGCCGGGAAAAGACGCACCGGAAUCAGCGAGGGCGCAAGUAGGCUACACAACCCUAUGAAAUCAAGCAUUCGAGCGGAAUAUACUGGAGGAGUUAAGCAGGCUUCCACGACCAAUUCCAAGUCGUAUCAACACAGUCUCGCCACAAUGACAAAUAUACCACUCGAAGGACUUUUUGCCCUUGACAUAUUCUCCGCGUUCAUGUGGGCAUACGCUCAAACUCUAGAGUUCAAGCGGAUCGCCGGGGACACCACAAUUCAGCAAUCGGACCGCAUUAUUUCCAAGGGCGGUGAUGUAUCAUGGCAAUCAUUCACCCUCAAGAAUUCAACACUCAGUAAAAUUGCCGAGAAUGUGAGCAGAACUGGAUUGGCAAGUGUGGAGGAAGUGUAUUUGACAAUCAUCCCACCACUUUCAAAAUUCCGUCGUCUGCCAGAUACAGGUGUGGCAAUUGAGUAUGCAAGUCAGCAGGCAAGAACUUAUGAGCUAAGCGCAGAAUGGGACCGGGCUUCGCAGUGCCAUCUUUGGGCAUUGUCAAUUUGCGAAUCAUUUGAUCGGAAUGAAGAAGCAGCAAUUUACGCAAUUGCAUCAUUAACGGAAUAUCUCAAGUCACUCAAGGAAGUAGCCGACAUAAUGGCCGAGCAUAAGUACAGCCAGAAAGAUAUUCAAUGGUUCCGCAAGAGAAGAGAAUCACUCGCCAAAACACUACGAGAUUUCAGCGAUAGUUACACACGCCAAAAAAUUCACGAGAUAUAUAUCAUACAAGGGCGAAUCGAAGGGAACGAAAUUUGGAAUUCUCAAGAAAUCACAAAGAUGAAGACCAACGAACCCAGCAUACCAUUGAAAUUUAAUAAGAUCCACCAAGCCAUUAUAUCUGAUCCUACAAAAAAUCCGGAGGAGAUUCGAAAACUGCUCAAAGAGAAGGACGCGUUAGGGUGGACGCCACUUCACUACGCAGUGAUGAAAGAGAACUAUCGGGCUAUCACUAGUUUACUUAAAUGGGGUGCGGAAUGGGGCAUACUCAAUCUAGCAGAGUGGUCACCCUUACACCUUGCUGCCGGAUCGAAACCCUCACGAAACAUUUUAAAAACAGUCCGGACGAUCAAGUUAGACGUCAAUAUACAGGGUCGAGGAGGACUCACACCACUACAUUUUGCGGUGCGAAGUAAUAAUGUUCCUAUGGCAGAAGCGUUGAUUGAUAAUGGAGCGAACAUCCAAACCAUCGAUAAUUUUCGCAGAACCUUAUUGCACUGGGCAGCACAUUACGGAUCAAUUGAUGUUGCCUACGUUCUACUUCAGAAAGGCACAAACAUGGACUCAGCCGAUGAUCUUGGAAGAACUGCUCUCCACCUCGCCGCUCUUCGUGGUCAUAAAGAAAUUUUGGAAGUCCUUUUGAAUUCAGGUGCUGAUAUUGAGGCUUUGGAUCGUGAUGGAAAAACUCCUGUUCGAGUGACGAAUCACAUCACUAUUCGCAACCUUCUAAAAGUUAAGGGAGCGAAUAUGAGCAAGAAUCCCAACGAAUACCGUAGUGCCCUACAAGAAGCUACAAGAGAUAUAAAUAUUGUUGGUGUCAAACAGCUUCUUGAUGCAGGAGCUGAUCCCAAUUGCAAGUUUAGCUCUGCACUACAUACAGCCAUCAAGGUUGGCGAAAGAAGAAUUAUCGAAAUGUUUCUAGAGAAUAAAGCAAACAUGGAUUUCACCAACAAGAAGGGCGAAACAGUCACUGCGCUCAAGGUGGCUAUCGACGCGGGGAACCUGGAGGUCUUUAACUUGUUGAUCUCCAAGGGCGCAAAUAAAAAGGAUUCAAACGCUCUCAGAGCGGCAGCGGAAGCAGGAUAUAAGGAUAUCGUCGAGCUUCUCAUCAAGGAAGGAGCAGACCCAAAUGUUGAGGAUAAGAAUGGCGGCACAACUCUUCAUGCAGCGGCAGAAGCAGGACAGUAUGAUAUUAUCGCAUUUCUAUUGCCGAAAAAUAUAAAUUUUAUGGCAAAAAACAAACACGGCGGUACCGCACUGGAGAUAGCAGCUAGGUUAGGGCAUUUCCAGAUAAUCGAUCUGCUGGUUUCUAAGAUGGCGGGUUCGGUGAAUAUCCAAAAUAAUUCCGGCGAAACUGCUCUGCAUGUUGCAGUUCGAGGGAGUAAAGAGAUAGCCGUGCAACGUCUUCUCGAGCAAGGAGCGGAUAUUCACAUUCAGAACAAAAACGGACAGACAGCACUACAUCUUUCCGCCCUGCUAUCCAAAGAAAAAAUAGUACGAUUAUUGCUCGGUCAUGGAGCGGAUCCGACGGUUAAGGACAAAGAUGGCGAAAUUGCCGCGCAGAUAGCAAGAAAAUCCGGUGUUAAAACGAUUGAAGACAUCUUGAUACUUCACGAAAUCAACUUCAACAAAAAUCACGAGGAUCUCCAUAUUGCAGCAAGGGCCGGGAAUAAGACUGUAGUAAAAGAUCUCUUAGCCAAAGGAAAGCAUGUCGACUCCCGCGAUACGAAUGGUAAAACUGCAUUGCAAACCGCAUCGAGCCAAGGACAUCAUAAGGUUGUGAAGCAAUUAUUGAACGCCAAUGCAAGCGUCGAUCUCCAAGAUAAUAAUGGUCUAACCGCACUACAUGCGGCUUCAGAAGCCGGACAUCAGCUGGUGCUAAAUCUCCUUUUCGAGCACGGUGUUAGUAUCGACAUCAAAGACAAGGGAGAUAGAACUGCACUAUUUCUAGCGGCUGCUGCUGGGAAGGACCUAAUUGUCCGGAUGUUGGUACAGAACGGGGCAGAUAUCAUCACUAAAGAUAAAAGUGAGCAUACGCCGCUCUCCAUGGCAGUUGAACGAUGCCAUGAGGAAGUGCUAGGUGUUCUCUUAGAACGUGAAGUGGACAGAAAGUACGAAGAUCAUAGUACAAUAACCAAACACAAACACCCCAGCAUUACAGCUCUGCUAUUAGAUGCGGAUGGUGGAAAGCUUCUAGAAAAGGCAAUCCUGACUGGGAAUGAAAAGAUUGUUCAAAUACUCCUAGACAACGGCGUCGACGCAAAUGCUCCCGGGGAUAAACACGGCAGUGCUCUUCAAGCUGCUCUGUUUUCUGAAGACGCCGAAUGGUUGCCUUCACUAGGAUUGUUAGAGCUCCUCUUCGAGCACGGGGCCGAUAUCAACGCCUAUAGCGACGAGCAUUGUAGCGCACUUCAAAGGGCUUCAGCAGAAGGCUAUGUAGAAGUUGUCAAGCUACUCCUCGAUAAAGGAGCGGAUAUCAAUAUCCAGGGUGGUAGAAGCCCCAACGCCCUCCUAUGGGCCAUAUCUCGCGGGAAUAAAGACGUUGUAAAACUACUCCUCGAAAGCGGUGCAGAUGUCAACGCCCGAACGGAAAAAUACGGAACUGCGCUUCAAGCUGCCGCCGCUACUCGAAACCUAGAGAUGGCCGAAUUUCUUAUGGAUAACGGCGCCGAAGUAGACUCGCCCGAAGACAACCAAGACAAUGCGCUCCAAGUGGCUGCGUGUGAUAGGGAUUCCGAUUUAGUGCGACUACUCCUAGACCAUAGGGCGAAUGUCAACGCACAGAGCGGGGAGCAAGGAAGUGCUCUAGUACAAGCGGCUCGAUAUGGACAUUCGAAAGUUGUAAAGAUGCUAUUAGAGAAGGGUGCAGAUGAGAGCGACUAUAGAAGUGCGCUAACUCAAGAUGCUGGUAACGGAUCCGGAGGAGUUGUAAGCCUACUGUUAGAAUGGGGUGCUGAUGCGAAUGCGGAUGAUGGGAAGGACGGGUGUGCGUUAGUACAAGCAGCGAAGAAUGGGUUUAUAGAUGUUGUCAAGUUAUUGCUGGAGAAAGGAGCGGACGCAGACACUACUCUAGUCGAAGCUACGAGGCAUGGGUCACAUACUAAUGUUAUAUCGGAGCUUUUGAAGAGUGUGACCAAUAAGAGCGUGAUUGGUGAUGCAUGUAAGGCCGCAGAUGAAGAGGGACACGAAGACUUGUUGGCACUAUUGUUGGAAUACUGGAAACCCGAGGAAAGAAACAUGUAA